AUGGCAUGGCAAGUAAUAUUUAUAUGCUUUAAUUUGUGUUCUGUGGCUGUUUCUAAUCCACUUCACUAUUCAAUUCUAGAGGAAAUAAAGAUAAAUGCCGUAGUUGGGAAUUUGGUGAAGGAUUUGGGAUUGAAUACCAAUGAAUUAGAAAUAAGAAAAUUAAGGAUUGUUUCCCAUGCCAGCAGGAAUUAUUUCAAUGUGAGCAUAGAAAAUGGCAACUUAUAUGUCAGUGACAGGAUAGAUAGGGAAGAGCUUUGUGGAUCAGAGCAGAGCUGCUUUAUGGAACUUGAGAUUCUGGCUGAAAAUCCUGUGAAUGUUUAUCCUGUCAAGGUGGAAAUCCAGGAUAUAAAUGACAAUUCACCAAGUUUCUCCAAGGAUAGUUUUGAAAUAGGAAUAAGUGAAUCUGCUUCACCUGGAGAACGAUUUGUUCUGGGAAAUGCAAGAGACCCAGAUAUUGGGUCUAAUUCCUUGCAGAGUUAUACCUUGAGCCCAAGUCCACAUUUUACCUUAGGGGGAAAAACUGAUAGUAAAGGAACAAAACACCCAGAGCUGAUCUUGGAGCAAAGCCUAGAUAGAGAAGAGCAGCAAAAAUAUACAUUAAUUCUGACAGCAUCUGAUGGUGGAAACCCUAUGAAAACUGGAACUGCUGUUAUCAAAAUCUUAAUUCAAGAUGUAAAUGACAAUUUUCCCAUCUUUAGCCAGGACAUCUAUCAAACAAACUUAGAUGAAAAUUUACCACUUGGUUCGCCAGUUCUUCAUCUAAGUGCCACUGAUAAAGAUGAAGGAUCCUAUGCAGAAGUUUCAUAUUCAUUUAGUCAUAUUCCUGAAAAAGCCCACAGCAUUUUUUCUUUGAAUUCAGAAACUGGAGUUAUUAUAACAAUAGGAAAAUUGGAUUAUGAGUUAAUAAAAAGCUAUGAGAUGACAGUAGAAGCAGCAGAUGGUGGUGGCCUUGUGGCUAAAUGUACUGUAAUAAUCCAAAUAGUGGAUAUCAAUGAUAAUGCACCUGAAAUAAUUAUUUUAUCUCUGUUAACCCCUAUUCCAGAGGAUUCACCAUCUGGGACACUUGUAGCAUUAAUUAAUAUCAAGGAUUUAGAUUCUGGGAAAAAUGGUGACGUUUCAUGCCAAAUAUCAGAAAUAUUGACAUUUACCUUGAUUCCAUCGUCUAAUAAUUACUACAAAGUUGUAACCACAAGUUACCUAGACAGGGAAGGGAAUUCAACUUAUAACAUCACAAUUGUUGCUAAAGAUGAAGGGUUUCCUGAAAUGGUAACUAAAAAGACAAUGUAUUUAAUAAUUUCUGAUAUAAAUGAUAAUCCUCCACUCUUUGAUAAACCUGCUUAUAUUACUUAUAUUCCUGAGCAUACCCCAGCUGGAACAUCAAUGUUUUCUGUACAUGCUACAGACCUAGAUGAAAAUGAGAAUGCCAGAGCUAUAUAUUCUAUCUUUAACACGUAUGUUGAUGACAUACCAGUCACAUCAUAUAUUUCAAUAAACUCAAUGAGUGGAAUUAUAUAUGCCCAGAGCUCUUUUGACUAUGAGCAGUUGAGGGAAAUUCAGUUCCAGGUGAUGGCUAAAGACAGUGGAUCUCCUCCUCUAAGCAGUAAUGUAACAGUGAGGAUAUGUAUCAUUGAUAAGAAUGAUAAUGCUCCUAAGAUUCUCUACCCAUCGCCAGACACCGAGGGAUCAGCAUUAUUUGAGUUUAUUCCUCACUCUGCUGAGAAAGGUUAUCUGGUCACCAAAGUGAUUGCAGUGGACGCUGACUCUGGACACAAUGCCUGGCUCUCCUAUCACUUACUACAAAUUCAAGAACCAUCUUUAUUCACCAUUGGCCAAUAUACUGGAGAAAUCAGGAUUGGAAGAGAUCUUUCAGACAUGGAAUCUUUGAGGCAAAAGAUUGUGGUUCUGGUAAAAGAUAAUGGUGUUCCAUCUUUGUCAUCUACAGUCACAAUAAAUAUGGUUGUAGCAGAAAACUUUCAGCAGGUUUUACCAGAGAUAAAGCAUCAUCCCAGUAAAUCAGAAAUUUCUUCUAAUGCAACCUUUUACCUUGUAAUCGCCAUAGCUCUGAUUUCCUUAUUGUUUAUUAUAACAGUAUUGAUAACAGCCAUUUUUAAGUGCCGGAAGUCAAGUGUACCACCAUCUUUUGGAACAUAUAGUAGAAAUAUGUACCCUCAGUUCACCCUGGGAUAUCCUUCUGAGAUCAGUAAUACAAGUUUACCUUUCCCAUUCUCAUAUGAUAUGUGUGUGACUCUAGACUCAAAGCAGAAUGAAAUUGCUUAUCUGAAACCAGUGCAGAAUGUACCCACCGACAGUCUUAUAGAUACAAAUGAUUCUGCUAUUGUUAGCGAAAAUUUAUCUGGAGCACAAAAUAUUCAGGUAAGUUAG